UGACACAUAAAUAGCAACCACACAGCAGACAGAAAACACGCGUAUUGAUGGGGACAGAUGUACUGCUCCAACUGGGCAUCCUCAUCUUCACCCUGGGAAUCAUCUGCCUAUUGCACUAUCUCCCAAGACAAGGUUUUAGUCAACUCCGAUCCAAAUCUCGGCCGAACAUCCAAGCCAAUCGGCACUUCAUCUUGGGGGCUCAAUUCCUGACCCGAGCCCGAUCCGUUCAACACAGAAGCAACAAAACCACAGCCUUCAACCUUGCUAAAUCCGCCGCCGUAGAGGCAGACAAAGCUUUAGCCAUUCAGCCCAAGGAUCCGGCAGUCCACAUUCUCAAGGCAAUGGCCCUCGACUUAAUGGGCCGCAAGGGGUCGGCCUUGAAAUCCCUGAACCUGGCGCUUUCGCCACCCCUGGUUAAGGAAUUAUCUGGAAAAGAUAAAGGGGAUGCCUUGUUUAAGAGGGCAGAGUUACUGAUUUCCAUGAAUCGGAGAAGACGAAUUGAAUCGGCGAUGUCGGACCUAAUUGAGGCGGUGAAGCUAAACAGCGAAAACGCAGACGCUUUUUGCUUACUGGGACGGUGUUAUGAGGGGAAGGGAUUUAACCAUGAAGCGAAGCACGCUUUUAGUGAGGCUUUAAAGAUUGAUCCCGGGCUUGUUGAAGCUCGUGACGGGUUGGGUAGAUGAGUCUGGAUGGAUAUUCAGUAGCUAACAUUAACUGGGCUCAUCACCCAUCCAGCUUAAAUUUGUCUCCUUGUCAUUUUGUCACACUUCUUUGACUUUGUUUUUCUUAGUUCUGUUAACAAUAUAUAAGAAAACGGACUAUUCGUCUUUUCCUUUUUUUUUUUUGGGCAACUAGCAAAUAAUAGUGGUGUACUUUGUACAUUCAAGUUCAGUUGGUUUCUUUUAUUUUUCCUGAAAUAAAGGAUUUGUUUGAUCACAAAACUAUGCAUAGGGGAAGAUUGGAAGGCUGUUAAAGAUAAUAUGCUGGUUUUCACUUACUCAAAAG